GAACGACUGUCGCCCAGUUUAAAACUACCACCGUGUCUUCACUGCGCCUGGAACUGCUCCAUUGUCACCAACGAAGCUGUAAAAGGCAGCGCCCAGUCGCGUCGCGUCGUUCCUCUGAUGUCCGUGAAUACUUCCUGGUCCAAAGUUGUGUGUACAAAAAUCAAAGUCAGUUGAGCAUGUAGUGGGAUGGUGAACUCACAUUACGGAAAUACACUUCAACGGACAUACACACUUCUGUAAACUGAGGGACAGAGAAGAGCAGUUAAAUAAUUCAUUCCUCAGUGCUGACGCUUUGCAAACAUGAUACGAGCAGAUGAACAUCAUUUACGCAACGGAACCCUGAAGUCUCAUUCUGACCAGAAACAACAGGGAAGCAACAGUUUGAAAAAUGGAUAUCACGCAACUGAAAAGGUGCAGAAAAAUGGCAAGGGAGACGGUUUUCAUCAACCUCGAGUUAGGGGUGAGGAUUCAUUUGAGGAGGCCCCCAUGUACGUGGCUGUCCUGACAUACAUGGGUUAUGGAAUCGUCAUCCUAUUUGGCUAUUUCAGGGAUUUCUUAAGAGCUGUUGGCUUAGAGAAGUGCCAUCAGGCCCAGGAGAGAGAAGAGCAAAAGGGUGUUCAAGAGAUCAGGCAGGACGACGAAGAUGACAAAAUAAAGGAUAUUUAA